AUGGCGACAACCACCCACACCCAGCCUAAGCGGAAGUCCACCGCCGCCGGACUUCCCACUGGUGGUAGGACGGUCAAGCGGAGGGCUUCCAAAGCUUGCCACUGUUGCCGUGGUAGGAAAGUGCGCUGUGACGUGGUUGAGAGUGGUAUUCCAUGCACGAACUGCCGACUCGACGAGGUCGAGUGUGUAGUCACUGAAGGAAAGCGUCGGAGAAAGUCUUACGCAGAGGGCGAGCUGUUUCACCACUCGCCCUGCAAUUCUGUAGAAGAGGAAAAGGAAAUUCCACAAUUUCCCAUCUUCGAUGAUAUUGAUGAGCUCAACAACUUUGUCCCUACAUUGCCCACGACUGAGUCGACCCAUCCCCAGCAUGCCCUGGACGAUGAGAUGGUUCACCACAAGCCCCAUAUGCUUUACCAGACACAGGGCAACCGCCUGAGCCAGGAGGAGCGUUUUCGACGAAUGUCUACAGUGGGCAGCAACCACCUUACUCCGCCCAUUCUCUCCCCAGCAAUGUCCUACUUCCUUCAGCACUCGAGCCGACUGAACAUCGUCCUCCCCCCCUACCUGCAGCCCAUAUCUCCUAGGAUCAUGUCUGAAGACCUGGAGUAUCUGCACAAAAAGGGAGCGUUUUUGAUCCCCGAAACAGGCUUCCGCAACGAGCUCCUUCGGUGCUACGUCCAAUACGUACAUCCUUUCCUUCCCAUCAUCGACCUGCGAGACUUUUUGACUACCGUCGAAAAGAACCAGCCCACCGACACUGUGAGCCUCUUGCUCUUCCAGGCCAUUAUGUUUGCGGCAACUGCAUACAUUGAUAUGCGCUAUCUCAUUGCCCAGGGAUACAUGACCCGGAAGGCAGCCAGAAAAUCCUUUUUCCAGCGAGUCAAGCUCCUGUAUGAUUUUGACUACGAAGUCGAUCGAGUCACCGUUGUGCAGGCGGUUUUGCUGAUGACCUACUGGUACGAGAAUCCCGACGACCCAAAGGAUGUGUGGCACUGGUUGGGCGUGGCCAUCUCGGUUGCUCGAACCAUUGGUCUCAACUGCGACACUUCAAACGCUUCGCUCAUGAGCUUGCAACAACGUCGUCUCUGGAAGCGCAUCUGGUGGUCUUGCUACAUGCGAGACCGAUUGAUCGCCAUUGGGAUGCGACGUCCGAUGCGGAUCAACAGUGGAGAUUUUGACGUGCCUAUGCUCGAGGUGUCUGAUUUUGAGACCGAGGCUCUGCCAGCCGAGCUCAGUAGGAUGCUCGGGGGCUGUCCUGCCGUGAGAGAUACUUCCAAGCGCGUCACUCUAGCCAAAAUGUGCAUUGGCCUGGCCGAUCUCUGCGCCCGCAUCACUCAAGUCCUCGCCGUCCAAUACUCUACGCUCGGCCACAAGAUCGGCGCCACUCAAGAGACUACGAUGAGACUGGUUCCGAAGAAGUCGGCGGCAGACCCAUGCGAUGUGAUUCGUUGUGACCGCGCGCUCGAUCAGUGGCACAAAGACCUCCCACAUGACCUUCAUUACUUCGCCCCGGAUUCUCGCGAGCGAACAAGCACCAACGACGGAGAGGUCAUCAAUCUCCACCGAGCUCUUCUGACCGGGAUCUACCUUACGGCAAUUAGUGCAUUGCAUAGACCACAAAUCCUUCCCUCGGCACCCAAUGUGGUUGUCGCGCCAGAGCUACGAGAAUUGUCGAGGAGGAAGGUGCGCGAGGCCGCCAAUGAUAUCACCGAGAUGUACAAAGAACUCUUUGCGCAUGAUUUGAUACGAUACCUUCCCAAUACCGGGGUUACGUGUCUGCUUCCUGCCAUUAUUAUCCACCUUCUGGACAUCAAAUCAAGCGACUCCAACACGCGACAAGCGAGCAUUCGCAAGUUCCAAUUCUGCAUGCAAGCCCUUCAAAGGCUGCGGGAGAUGUAUGCUUCUGCGGACUUUGCCUUCUCGUUCCUCGAUGCAGCCGUCCGCAAGACCAAUGCUCAGGUCUAUGCUGUAUCUGGGAUGAAGACACCAUUCCCCGGUUCGACAGGAAUGGACAAGAAGUUUUCCCCUGGACCGUUGCUGCUCACGCCACCUCCUGAGGCUAUGCAGACGGCAAGCUUGCUGCUCAUGAACUCGACGCUGGCGCCAGAGGAGCGAAACCUCAUUGCCGCAUACACUCCACCAGAGUCGGACACGAGCUUCAACUUUCAGACCAAGGAAGAGGCCGCAGCUGCAUCAGCAGAAGCGACUAUCAAACAUGACACAGGGGUUAACUGUGCGCCGGAGGAGCAAGCACAUGCUGAAUUUGAGACCCUUGUUGAUCUGGAAGGCGGCACUGAUUUGUUUUCGACCGUUGAGGAUGGCCUGGAUUUGAACAUGCAGUGGCUGCAGGGAUUCGACGCGGACAACCACACUCCUAAUUCGGGAGAGUUCCCGCUGGAGACGAUUGAAGAGGUUGAUGAGCAGCGAGAGCAUUGUGGUUAUGCAGAACAGGAACUAGAUGCCACUGAUGAGCUUGUACUAGGUCUGGGUCUUCAGGUCGAUGCAUGA